AAUUAAGGUGAUAUAGUACUUAAGAGAAUCAUUUUUAAUUGGUUAGUCCACCCUCUAACGAAUAGGUUGUUCCAAAGGUCAACCCUGUAAUCAGCUGUGCAUGUUCAAAUGUUGCAGCCAGGUGGCUGUGCAAUAGGAGAUGGGGAUCCUUCUGCUUAGAGAACCUCGUGAGGGGAAGGGAACGGACCCUUAUGAACAGGAAUUUGUAGCAGCUGGUCUGCAGGUGAAAUCAGUAGAAGUGUUGAGUUUUGAGUUUUGCAAUCUUCCUGAGCUCAGAAGUCUUGUCAAGAAGCCUGAGGAAUUCUCAGGGAUGGUCUUCACCAGUCAGAGGUCAGUGGAAGCUGUGACGAGAUGUCUGCAGGAAGAGGAACAAAGCUUGCCAGAAGAAUGGAUCUGCAAGAGUACAUUUGUGGUGGGAACUGCAACAGCAGCAGCAGCCAGGAGCCUCGGCCUUACUCCAAGCGGUGAAGAAUGCGGGACGGCUACUCAACUGGCCGACCUCAUCACUCAAAAGUUUACAUCGAAUAGCAAGGCACUGCUGUUUCCCUGUGGGUUCAUGAGAAGAGAGACUUUGCCAUCGGCUCUUUCUGCUGCAAACAUACCAUUGACAGAGCUGAGAGUCUACCAGACUACUGCACAUCCUGACAUUGACAAGAGGCUUCAAGCGUAUAUAGCUGAGCAGGGAAUCCCAGAGUUCCUUGUGUUCUUCAGCCCAUCUGGAGUUAAAUUUUCCCAGCCUGCAUUGCAAAAACUAGCAGCCAGUGACCUCAGUAAGAUAAAGAUUGCUGCCAUCGGCCCCACCACAGCGGAGGCGAUGACCUCAGCUGGCCUGUCCGUAGCCUGUACAGCAGAGAAACCCAACCCACAGGCCUUGCUGGCUGCGAUCCAGGCUACCAUAGCUGCACAGGCCACCGAAGGUCCCACAUGAGGAACCCUCCUCUAAUAACUCUAGAUCAGACAAGUGCCUUCACACUCUUCACCCAGGAGGAGAACACCUGCCUCCCCAUGAGAGGAAUGAAAUUAUGGAUGCAUGUAAAUACAUGUAGGUCCUAGAGGGCCUACAUUUUAAUACUUAUUUUGUAUUUACAAUUAAAUGUACUUAAUUAUUAGCUAGUCUGUUAAAUUCAGCAUAAAUAGUUGUUGGUAAAUUACUCAUGAAGUAUAAUUUGUCACUUUUGCCCUACUUUGUAUGUUAUUUGUUAUCCUGAAUUCAACAUUAUGCAUGAUUCUUCUAUGAUGUAGUGGAAAGCCAUAUUUCCUCAAAGUCACAAUGAAGCACCUGGUUGUGUCGGCGUGAAUCACAGCCGAGUUUUGCUGGACACCCCGUGAAUACAGUGGAAACCUUUUGUAAGAAUAAGUCAAUGUACCGAUAAGUAUUGACAUUUCCUGAAUUUAACAUUAAGCAUUGUCGGUCCUCUAAAAUUUAAUGAUAACUGUUUCUAGGAUCCCCCCAUGCAGACCCUUGGCCUAACCCCUCUUCAUAUAAACUUAUAUGUUUUCCUUUUGUCGACUCAAUGUCUGAUUGUUCUUUAAGGUGUCAUAAACCCGGUCUGAAAGGAAUCAGUAUAUGAUCAUUAGAAAAUGGCCUAUGCCUCAAGUAAAGAUAUAGCAGGCAUCUAAAGAUAUAGCAGGCAUCUUUCUUUGUCGGUCCCAGAAUUUUCAAGAAGUGAGAUAGUUGUUUUAGGUAACAUCAAAGCAAAGUAGAAGCUGUGAGAGCUCCCUGCAGAAUGAGACAGAGCUCCUCCACAUUUACUGGCUUUCUCUGGCAUCCUCCAAUCCCCGCUGCAAUGUAAAACAGCGGAUCUGAUUGCACCUUGAUAGAGAGAAAUUCCCGAGGAGUUAGAGGCAUUAGGUGCCCUAAUACGUGGGUAUUCCUGGUAGCCUACCCCGAUGAACUCUGGUCGGCUCUUUGGUGUACCGUUUCGGCUGCAGCUCUGGGAUUGAACUUGACUGAGCUGUUUCUGCCUCUCCUUGGAAGACUACUUGAGGUAAACAUGUGUACAGGAAAGAGCAGCUUGCUGUGAAGGAUUUGCCCUGUGUGGCGUCUGUCAGCUUGUGAAAGACAAAGGAUUGUAGUCGCAGUACCGAACUUCAUUCUCCAAGGACGCAGAGUUUAACAGAUCUCCUUUGUGGCUUCCUCUUCGAGAAGCGCAGAAAAGUAGGAGAAUUUGCCCUGUAGGUUUUUUUGCGUCCACCAGAGGCAUGCCUUCCCUUGUGGUGUUGUUAUCUUUUGCACUAAGUCCCAGGAUGCCAUGUGUUGUUCUUUAUCUCAUGUAUCAUUCCUACCAGUGGUGGAGAGCAGUGUAUUGUAGAGGAGAGGAGGAUUGUAAGUUACAACCAUCCUCUCCUGUAAAAUACACGUUAGUUUCUCCUGCCUCCAAAAUACUGCAAAGUGAAAGCAUAGAAAUAUUACGUGAGGGUCUGCAUGGGGAGAUCCUGGCAAUGCUUUAAUAAUGAUUAAUCAAGGUGGGCAGACAAUGCUUUAAGAUAAACUCACUGUUAUUUGGAAGGAGUUCUUUGGAUUGUUCCAUUAUAUUCUGCCAUUGGGUCAUGCUAUAUGAAGAAUUCCUUUCUCUAUAACACUUUUAACAAUGAGUUCAGGAUAACUAAUAGCCGGUUAAGUAGAAUUAAAUCAACCAAUGACAUUUCAUUAAUAAUUUAUCAACAACGUUUAAUGUUGAAUUGGAGCGAGCAGCAAUGAUUAAUGGUGAAUAAAAAGUAGUUGCAGAAAAAGGCAUGUAGACCCUUAUUUAUGUCACUAAGAGACAACUGUGGUACCCCUCAACCCAUCCUGAAUACAUGUGCGUCACAGAUAUACAUCUCCAGAAUUACAAGUAUGCUAAUACCUGUUCACAUGAUUAGUCCAAGCAGACUGUAUGAGGAUGAUAUAACAACAUUGAUGACACAGGUUAAGAUAGUGAACAUUCUUUCCUGAUAGUGUCAACUGUUACUGUUGAUGUCUCGACUGAUGUUACAACACUGAAUGUUCCUAACAACAAGACAGUAUUUGUUUUUAUUCAUUCCCUCAAUUACAAGUGUACAUCAAAUUUAGUUCACGUUUAUGUAGAAAUUUGCAUGUUUUUAGGAUAUGUUUGAGUUGAGAGUACACUCAGACACCCAUAAAAUCUGUCCUUUAUGUACCUGGAGAGGAGGAGAGGAAAGCAGGUGGGACCCCAGCACACCUGUUGGCCCACCUGGUAUGUCAACAAUUCUCACAAUGUAGUUUGGGAACACGCCGUAAUCUGACAUGUCACUGAAGACGGGUAAUUUCCUGCCGACCCAUUCAGGCCUGGUAUGUACAAAAGUCGGCAAUUUCUCGGAUGAGCGGUAAUUUUGGAGAAACUGCGGAUGGGUGGAGAGUUCUGGACGUCAUCAUGGUUAAAUAUAGCUCUUUAGGAGUCUGUUGUAUUUACAUGUACAUCUGGGUGUGGUGGUAAUUGCACGACAAGUCGUGAGCUGACAAAGCAAAGGAAAUGAUCAUGGAAUAAAAUCCUAGCAUUGUCAUUAGUUGCAUUUCCUCACACACACAAGUGUACAAACAAAUGUAGAAGGGAAAAAACACUGAAAGUAGCUGAUACUGAGGGUUCAGUAUGAGUGUGCACCUACCCCCCUAAUUUCGAAGUGUACUCUAAGCUAGUCUGUGGGUGUGUUUCAACUAAUGUAUUGAAAAAAUUGUAUUAUAUAACAAAUGUUGAUGUAUAAAGGAACAUUUUUUUAAGAACAA